GAGGUGUAAGUGUUACUUGUCGCGACUCUCUCCUACUGUCAACAACUGCUCCCCUGACGUCCUCUUCCAUACACUACUCUCAUGCCAGCCGAAACCAUAUUUGGCGAUGUCCGCGGCCUCGCCACUAAGUCAUGCGUCCCACUCUGAAAGCUGCAGGCCUGAAUCGUACAGAUACCGCCGCCCGGUAUGUCAACGGCGAGUCUGAGCGCCGUAUUGGCGAAGCCGAGCUCGCCAAAGACUUCAUUCUCGACACCAAGAUCCUAUACGAGCGUGACGGCAGUGGCACACUUACUGCUGAAGCAAUCGAGAAGAGCCUCUGCAAUAGUUUCCGAGUCAUGCGGACCGAGAAAGUCAACCCGUUGGAGGAGACUGCUAAGGCGAUGAAUGAACAGUAUCAGAAAGGCCGCUUCACUCUACUUGGUUUGUCAAACUUCAUGGUCGAAAGGGUCCAGACAUGGCUCGACAUUGCCUCCAAGAACAACUAUAUCAAACCCACCGUCUAUGAAGGUCACUAUUACCUCCUUUGCCGGACCCACGAGGACACGCUUCUGCCACUUCUUCGUCAGAAUGGCAUGGUCUAUAACGCCUACUCUCCCCUUGCUGGCGGGUUUCUACUCGGCAAUUGUACUGAAGAUGGACUGCAGGGCGGGACGCGCUACUCCAAUCCGGCAAGUCCUUACGUGAAAUGGUAUAGCACGCCCGCCAUGCAUGCAGCUAUGAAGCAGCUGAGAGCCAUUUCGGAGACGACCAGUCUGGCGAUGGACGACUUGAGUUUGAGGUGGUUGAAGUAUCACUCUGCGCUCGGCAAUGAACAUGGCAUCAUAUUGGGCGCAAGUAAGCCGGAGCAUGUCGAGAGAGGUACUGCAUUGCUUGGUAAGGGGCCGCUGGAAGAGUCAGUCGUGCGAGAGCUGAACGCUCUUUGGAAUGAGCCAACAGUAAAGGAGGACGCGGAUAAGGUUGUUGACUUCACGCAGAAGGAGAGGUCGUAG